AUGUCGACAAGAGAAGUGGAGCUGACUGGUGGCGCUCCAUGGGGCUUCAGAAUGCACGGCGGGGUUGAUCAAAACCAGCCUUUGAGAAUAUCAAGAGUGAAUCCGGGUAGAAAAGCGUCACUGAGUGGCAUCAGGGAAGGUGACGUGAUCUCAUCUAUCAACGGCAGACCAACCAAGGAUAUGAGCAAUUCUGAUGCUCACGCCAUGCUUAGGGCAGCUGGACCAGUGCUCAGACUCGGCCUUAAUGAAGACCGGGACACGUCACCCCGAAGAAGAUCUAUUCCGAAAGCCACGGAACUGAAAAGACCAUCUCAAUUGAUCGACAUUACCGAGAAGGCAACCCCGCACCCACCGGUUUACGCAACCAUCAAACAACCAAAUUCACCAAACAAACUUCCAGCAAAAUCUCCAUCGAACAAAUCAGUACCACUCGUGAAAUCCUUCGAAGACACACAGAAUUUCCACCCAACUAACCCAUUCUAUUCAACACUGCCUAACACUAAAUUACAAAUAACAAACGGCAAAUCGAACUCGCUCCAAAGACCUGCGAAUAGAACCAAUUACGAUGACCUGAAAAUGUCAUCGUUCUUUAAGAAAAAUGAUCCCGGAGCCGGUUCACCUAACGCUGGUUAUCAAAGCGAGACUUCACCGAGACGGUUUUCGUUCGACAAAUUCAGUUAUGACAUUAAGGAUUCAAAUAACGGAGAUCAGAUAAAAAAGAAUCCAUUCAAUAAUGGAACAAAUGAUUUCAAUCCAAGUGACAAAUUGGACGGAUCGUCCAACGGUGCUAUGAUAUACUCCAAGAGCGACAAUAAUUUCCGUAGAAACGAAUUUACCGAAUACACCGAACGAAAAUCAGUUACCGAGGAGAUGAUACGCGAGACAGAAGAAAUUAAAACUAUCAAAAAGAUAACUCUCAACGGUUCUAGUGAAAGUGAUAAACCGAACGGUGUGCACAAAUUUGACAGUGAUCGUAAUCAUAAAGAACGAAUUAUUCCUAUGACGUUGUAUGAUGAAGAUAUGAAAGUCAAUGAGAAUGGAAGGAACGUGGAAGAAAACACAUCGUCAAGAGAAGAAUAUAAAGAAGGUCUCUGCCAAUCUGGGCUGGUCUGGGUGCGGUGUCACGCCUCGAAGACGACUUGGGAUGCCUUACAUCCGGCACUACCGACUGAGCUCAACGCUCCUUCAGACAUCGAUCGCGAGAGACGUAUAGACUUUAAUUUAAUAUCAAAACAAUCCUAA